AUGCGGCUGCCGGAGAUGGAGCUGCACCACAAGGCGACGCGCGAGGAGCGGCGGCCGCUGCGCCACAGCGGGAGCGCCGACCGCCUCGAGACCGGUGCGGGCCCGCUGCCCCUGGGCCUCAUCGGCUGGUUCGGGUCCUACGCCCUCGUCGUCAACAAUAUCUCGGGCCCGGGCAUGCUGGACUUCCCACGAGCCUUCCAGGAGGCGGGCGCCGUGCCCUGCGCGCUCUGCAUCGGCGUCGUCGCGUCCGUGUCCGCCGUCGUCGCCGUCUACCUCGCGGACGCGCACCGGUCGCUGCGCCGGGGUUCGGGCGCGCUCGAGUUCAGCGACGUCUUCGGCGAGCUCUUCGGCCGCCGCGUCUUCCUCGCGACGCAGGCGCUCUACUUCCUCAACCUCUUCAGCCAAAACGUCGCGGCGAUCGUCGCGACGGCGCGGGCCGGGGCAGGAAAUGGCGAGCGCUUCACGUGCUGGCACCAGUACCACAACAAGCGCUACGAGAACGUCGGCAGCCGCAUCGACUACGUCCUCGUCGACCGGGCCCUCUUCGAGGCGGCGGCGCCCGUCGCCGGCGCGCUCGACGCCGGCCUGCGCAGCGACGUGGAUGCGAACACCGCGCGCGCGGCGCGCGGCGCCGCGGUCCUCGACGGCCGCUGGGCGCCCGCGGGCUUCGACGGCGGCGGCCUCCGCGACGGCCGCGCGUCCGACUACCUGCACCACUCGAGCCACGCGCCCCACACGGGCAUCCGCUACACGCCGCCGACCUGGAGCGACCACGUCGCGGCGACCCUGUGCCUGGGCGCCGCGCCCGCGGACGCCGCGCCGCGCGCCGCGCGCGCGGCCGGCGACGCGCAGCCCCACGCCAAGGUGCGCACCAUCACCCAGUUCUUCUCCGCGGCCAAGCCCGGCGCCAAGCCCAGCGCCAAGCCCAAGCCGCCGCCGCCGCCCAAGCGCAAGAGCCCGCCGACGAUCCGCGACUUCUUCGCCAAGAAGCCGAAGGCGCCGGCGAUGGCACUCCAGUGCGGCUCGGGCCUCGGCGCGGCUGCAGUCCACGUGCAGCGCUGCGCGUCCUGGCCCCUCGCGGAGAUCGUCACGGCGCACCGGACGGACCUGCUCGUCACCGAGUUCGCAUCGCUGGACGAGGCCGAGGAGGCCUGGGGCAAGCUGUCCCUGUUGCACGCGUCCGUGCUCUUCGUCGGGCCAAAGGCGCUGCGCAGCUACGGGCGCACCCAUAGCAUCCGCCGCUGGAAGGAGCGCAGCGCGCGGCUCGAGGCGCGGCUCCCCGGCGAGUACGAC